CAUCCGUCGAAGGCGGAAAGGGGCUUUCCCUUACCAACCUUGCCUGGUUUGCUCUGCCCUGCUCUCCCAGCAACGCCAACCCCGAUGCUAGCCGCCGCCGCCGCCCUCCGCCCGCCCUUCCGCCGCGCCCGCCUGAGCACCUCCCAUGGAGGAGGCGGAGGAGUGACGCACCCUCUGCGCCCGCGCCUGCAGCGGCGUGCUUUGGCCUGCCGGGCUGACCUGCAGCAGGACGCGCCGUUCGCCGCCGCCAUCGGCGCCUGCUUGCUAGCCUCCCUCGUGCUCCCGACGUCGAGAGGCCGACGAGAUGACGACGAGGAGGAAGGGGAGUUUGGCGCGACGGACACGAGGAUGGGCGUCAUGGGGAUCAUCUCCUUGCUGCCUUACUUCAACUGGCUGAGCUGGAUCUUCGCGUGGCUGGACAGCGGGAAGCGGCGUUAUCUGUUCUACGCCGCUGCAUACUUGGCUCCUUAUCUGAGAACAAAUUUAUCACUGUCGCCCGAAGAGAGCUGGUUACCUAUAGCUAGCAUCUUUGCCUGCAUUCUCCAUGUUCAGCUAGAGGCAAGCAUCAGGACUGGUGAUAUCGAGACCUUCAGGUUUGUUCAGAGAGCUUGGAGGCUUAUUUUCCCUAGUGCUCUGAAGGAGGAUGUUCAACAUAGAAACAAGGGAAAAUCAAUCAGAAUGGGCAGCGGUAACAGGAGAAUUCCAUCAGCACAUGAAUCUAGAGAAAAGCUUCGUAAUUCAGAUAUCUUCAAAAGGAGACUUGAUGAGCCCAACGACGAGAAACAAAACAAAUCAGAUUGGAACUGAACUCAAACAGUGUCGUCCUUUCUCUUGUCAAGCUGUUUAAGGAAGAUCCACAUCCUUGUGGAAAACUCCUGUGGCUGCUUGCAAAACCGAUGUGCAGUAUGUCAAAUUAGGCUUAGGUGUAGUUAGUUUCCAAGUUAGUCCACGACCACGAGUUGUUGGAUCAAGCAGGCAACCAGGCUGAUCAGAGUGAGGCACCUGCUGUUUUCAGGUUUCUGCAAAUUAUGUUUUGUUUGUUGUGUGUAGCAUUCAGCAAGAAUAAUUAACGUUGCAUGCUUGCUCUAUCUGAAAUUCUGAAUGAAAGUAGCUUUAUGCCUGGUU